CUUAAGCCGCGACAGACGCCUGUAAACCGACUGAUGCUCCAAUGAAUCUGGGAUGAUAUAGACAUUAAUUUAAUCCUUAUUUAUUUGCAUUUUUUUUACACUGAGAUGCAAAGCAGGUGCUUCUUACACGUUAUUUUCGCCUUAUCAUCGCUCAUUUUAUCAAAAGCACAAGAUGUGUUCCGAUCAGGUCACUCCUGUCUCAGAUCGAGUCCUGCUGCGGACGGAUUGACGCGCGUCACGUUUCUCCGAGAGGGCAAAGCCGGCGUGCGCUCCCUGUACCUCACCCUGUGGUCCGGAGAUAUGCGCCUGGUAACGUGUGAAGUUAACACCGAUCCGGUGGUGACGGAAGGAUACCGAGCUCUCUGCGACGGGAGAGGCACGCAGGGUCAAGAAAUCAGCCACAGGUUUAAUAUCAGUAUGCUGCUCACUCCGGAUGCACCAUGCGCGCUCGUCUCCUCCAGUGCGCCAAAGUUUUCCAGACGCACAAGAAGGGAUGAGACAGAGGGGAAAACUCGGAGGAAACGCUGGAUAUUUCCAGGGACGCUGUGGUGCGGCACUGGGAGCAAAGCAGGACGAUACGAUGAGCUAGGGAUGUUCGAGAGUGCAGAUAGAUGCUGCCGUGAGCACGACCACUGCCCGCAUAUGAUCCCAGCUUUCACGGUCAAUUAUGGCGUCUUCAACUCCAAAUUUUUCACCGUCUCACACUGCGACUGUGACCAAAGGUUUCGACAGUGCCUUCUUGAUGUCAACGAUACCAUCUCCAGUAUGGUGGGAUACAGCUUCUUCAGCAUCCUGCAGGUUCCUUGUUUUGAGCUCAAACUGCAGAAGCGGUGCACCCAGAUGUACUGGUGGGGAAUGUGCAAAGUAGCCAAAGACGCUCCAUAUGCCGUUUUCCAAAGCCCCCUGCCUUUCAACUCCACUGGGGACAACGCUGACAGUGACAAGUCGACAAGUAGUGAAGGGCAGCAUGUAACUAAAGGCCCUGUGAUCAUCCAACAUACAAAAUCACCCAAAAGCAAACAUAGCUGUAGCUCCAAAGACCCAACCAGAGAAGACACUUUCUACCACAGAAGCAAAAAAGAGAAAAGGUGUAAAAUACACUGGAAACUGCACAAAGUGACACCCUCCCAAACUCCCUCAAUAUCAAGGAUACACACAUCUACCCCCUCAAUGGAAACCAGUCCUUUACCUGCUUCUAAAAGUAGCACAAAUAGGAAAAUAGCUGGAAGAAAGAAGAGCACCGGAAAGGGCCUUUUGGCUUACAGCACAAAGAGAAGCCAUGUUCCAUCUCAGGUGACCACAAUCUCUUAUCCACUAGCAACAUCCACAACACAAGGCACCCCAUCUGUAACACAGGAGCCAUCACUACAGUUACACUCACCUACAGCCAUCACAGCAGUGAGAGAAACAACCAAAAGUCACAAAAAACGUCCAAAGCAAAGUCACUGUUGUGGAUUCAAGAUACCUCUGAGGGGUGACACUUUUCAGCCUCGAUGUAAAAGUUGUCCACAACGAAACACGACUUCCCACAUGAAAACUGUUGCACCCUACAAAUCUACAACAAAUCAAUUACUUGUCAAAGUGACAAAGCUCGAGACGCUGCAUCUCAAAAACACACCCGAACAAAUACUCUGGAGUACAGCUACUUCUGCAACGCAGGCCACAUCACAACUAAAGUCGGCAACCUCCAUUCAUAAAGUUGGCAAGCCACAGAAGCAGAUGGAUUCUCAUCUACUAUGGAAAAACACGAGCCGGGAGCUGCUGGGCAGAAGCAAAGCCCCAAACACAGAUGCGCAGAAAGGCCUGAAACUAAAUAUUGCAUUGCAUAAUAUGACAGACAGUCAGUUGCUGUGCAGAAGCCUCAAACAUCUGGACGACUGUAAAUACAAAAUCCGCCCUUUGGAGAAGAAGUAUGAUCUGCAGAACACGGAGUCAAAGACCGCCUUCCACUGUGAUUGCACCAGCCGCUUGGCUGCUCAGAUUGAAAGCUUCAAGCAACCCAGUAUUCUCCCCACGCUGCUGACGGAUUUCAUCUCUCAGCGCUGCUUCAAACUGCCAAAGGAGAAAAAAUGCCACAGCAAGAAAAGAUGUUCUGGAGGCUUCUCUAAAGCGUCUGACCUACUUCGAGCACUUAAGAAGAUCGAAGAAAAAGACACUGCUGGGGUGCGAAAUUCAGGCAAUGACAGAAAAAGAGGGAUUCCUGUCCGCCUUUAUAAGCGAUGCCUAAGGCUGGAAAGAGAGGCUGACAUUAUGGCACAACUCAAACGAUUAUAGACUAAGCUUCUAUGUGCGGCAACGGUGAUUUCUAAAAGCUUUAUAUUUCCUGUGGUGUGGUAUUUUUCUGUUUCUUUAUGAUGAUUUCUGGUGUAAAUUGGCAGCGUGCAGAAAAUAUUCAAGGACUCAAUUUAACAUAUUUAGAAAGAACUGUAAUACAAAACUGGAAACCAUCAAAGUGUGCACUGAAUGAAAUAAAAUCGUUUA